UCUUUCUCUUGAUGUCUUCGAAUUUUAGUUGAAGGGUUCUUAUAAAAAGUUGUAAUAUUUAUUUAUCUGGGUUUGUUCUGCAAUUGUUUGAUAAAAAAGAAGCUUUUUUUUGUUCUUUUGGGAAUUCUGAGUAUUCUUUCUCAAGUUUGCUGAUGGCACAACGAUCUCAUGUACCCAAGUUUGGCAAUUGGGAAGGUGAAGAGGAUGUUCCCUACACAGCUUAUUUUGACAAGGCCCGGCAGGGUCGAACAGGUGGAAAGAUUGUAAACCCGAAUGAUCCCCAAGAGAACCCCGACUCGAAUCAUGAUCAUGUAGCUCCGACUAGAGCUCAUCCGGCUUCAAAAACGAAAGCUGAAUUGGAUGAACAGGUAGGACAUGGACCUGCUGGAAGGGGACAUGAACGUGGAAGAAGCAGGGAAGAAGGUGACCUCAAACAAUAUGUAGACUCUCCCGUACGUCACGACAAUCUCAACCACAAAGCUUCUGGGGACACUACACCUUCACGUAAUGGUCGUGAAGCCCCAAAACAAGUUACAAGACCAAGGGUUGGAUCCGAAAACAGCAUAGAUAAAUCACCACUCCAUCACCAUGCACGGGUUGCCGGGAUUGCGGGGAGAGGUAGCAUGGCCUCACCUACAUGGGAAGGAAAGAAUAAAUACGAUAGUAGCCAUGGCACUCCCACGAGGUCCAGAAUGAGGCCAAGUACUCGAGGCGAUGACAGUCCCGAUGAAGGUGCUGCUGUUCCAAAAUUCGGUGAUUGGGAUGAGAAUAACCCGGCAUCAGCUGAUGGUUAUACUCACAUUUUCAACAAGGUGCGAGAAGAGAGGAACAAUGGGGGUAGGGUACCAGGCAUGCAGGGUGAGCAAUCUCCAUACCGCACUGCUCGGAACCGGAAACCAACUAACAGCAACGCUAAGAGUUGCUGCCUUCCAUGGUGCAGGAAAUAAGAGACUGUGAAUUCAUGGUUUCAUUAUCUGUGUGGAAUAUUAUUGUAAAUACAUUGAAGAGGCUCCUUCAAAGCAUAGUAAUUUCUGUCAAACUCCGGUUUAUUAUCACCACUUGUGUGCUACUUUUCUUUGAUGAUAAACUUUGUAUUCUAUUUGGUGAACUUUUUUUCCUUGCUCAUGUUGUCAAUAUCGAACUUUGUUUUU